CCUGCUCCUCCUCCUCCUCUUCUACGAGCUGUUCUCUCGUCCGUUUUCGAGCAAAGAAGGAAGAGAGGCAGCCAGUAUGGUGGCAUCGGAUUGUCGGGGUCGCUCGGCCGCCUAUCUCGGAGGGGCGCUUAUCGCCCUCCUUGUGUCGGGCUUAGCUCAGCCCCACGAUAUAUCCAGACGGCGUCAGUGGAACUUGAAAAUGGAUCAAGCUUUAUUACGAAUUCAUAAUGAAUUGCCCAUUGACAACUUGUCCAUUUAUUGGGUCUCAGAUUACUGUUAUGAGUGUUUGCAACAGGAGCUGAUUUCUAUCCCGAUGAACAGAACAUCGAAAGAAACUGACUUUGUAGAUAUUGAUACUCAGCAUGCUCUCACACUGAUGGUCAAUAAUGUGAAAGAAGGAAAAGAACUGUGCAGGAUUCAUUAUCAUUUUGGAGAAUAUGGAAACUAUUCCUUAAGGAUUAGGCAUCUCCAGAACAACCCCAUGUACAUUACAUGUGAUAUAGUUAUCAGUCAAAGUCCUCUCAACAGCUAUCUACCUAUUUUAUAUGCAUUUCUCAUCUACAUGGGCAUUUUCAUUAUUCUGAUGAUUGGACAGUUUUUCAUAAACACUGAAAUAGUAAGAAAAUGGUUCUUCAAAAAGAUGGAUCCUAGAGAAACUGAUCGACUUAUUAAUUCAGAGCUUGGAUCCCCAAGCAGAACAGAUUCCAUUGGUGGUGAAUUCCCAAUACGGGUAUGGAAUACUGCUUCCUCUCUACAGAGACUUAGUUCCCUGGAUACCUUCAGAGGCCUGGCACUUACAAUUAUGAUCUUUGUGAAUUAUGGUGGAGGAAAGUAUUGGUUCUUCAAGCAUCAGAGCUGGAAUGGCUUAACAAUAGCAGACCUCGUCUUUCCAUGGUUUGUAUUUAUUAUGGGCACCUCUAUUUCACUGUCCUUCAGUGUCAUGUUAAGACGGGGUUGUUCCAAAUGGCAAUUGCUGGGCAAAGUUUUAUGGAGAAGUCUCCUCCUAUUUUUAAUAGGACUAAUAAUUGUAAACCCAAAUUAUUGUCUUGGACCACUUUCCUUGGAUAAUCUACGAAUUCCAGGUGUGCUCCAAAGAUUGGCUUGCACAUAUUUUGUUGUUGCAACACUAGAACUGCUCUUUGUCAAACCUGCACCUGAGAACAGUACUCUGGAAACUUCCUACCCUGCUCUUCAGGAUAUUCUUCCUUAUUGGCCCCAGUGGCUUUUUAUGCUGGCUCUUGAAGGACUUUGGCUGUGUCUCACCUUCCUUUUGAGUGUACCUGGAUGUCCAAAAGGCUACCUUGGACCUGGAGGUAUUGGCAGUUUUGGAAAGUUUCCCAACUGUACUGGAGGGGCAGCAGCUUACAUUGAUCAUUUGCUUCUAGGAGGAAAUCAUAUCUAUCAACAUCCAUCUUCUAAUGUGUUGUAUCUUACUACAGUCCCCUUUGACCCUGAAGGAAUUUUAGGAACAAUAAAUUCUGUUCUUAUGGCAUUUUUGGGACUUCAGGGAGGAAAAAUUCUUUUGUUUUAUAAAGAUCAGCAUAAGGAAAUAAUUCUUCGAUUUUUUGUGUGGGGUGUAAUAAUGGGUGUCAUUUCUAUGGUGUUGACAAAAUGCUCAAAAGAUGCAGGCUUCAUUCCAGUUAACAAGAAUUUAUGGUCAAUUUCAUACGUGACAACACUGAGCAGCUUUGCCUUUAUACUUCUGAUGUUGAUAUACUAUCUUAUAGAUGUUAAGAAGGUAUGGUCAGGUGCUCCAUUUUUCUAUCCAGGUAUGAACUCCAUUCUUGUUUAUGUAGGACAUGAAAUAUUUGAAAACUAUUUUCCUUUUAAAUGGAAGCUGCAUGAUACACAAUCACACAGUGAACAUUUGACUCAGGAUCUAAUUGCUACAUCUUUAUGGGUUAUCAUAUCAUAUAUACUCUACCAGAAAAGGAUAUUUUGGAAGAUAUAAUUCAACUUAAUACAAAUCAAAAAGUAUGGGCUAUAAGAACGUUGUAUUUCCCCUCAUAUUAUUGUCACAUUUUUUUUCCCAAAGGGUCCUGUAUUUGGUUUACAUUCCAAAUUAUUUUGAAGUGAAACCUGUAUAUUUAGUUAGCCUUCCAUUUAGUAAAACAAGACUUCGUUCAAACUUUAUUUUCUACAUUAUUCAAUUUCUAAAUAAACGUACUGAAUGCUUUCCAAUAAUGGUAUUUUCAAAAGAAUUUUUGGUACACAAGUAUUCAGAAAUUUGCCUUAUAAAAAUCACAUAGAUUAUGCAGUGGUAUUUGGGACUAUGCAGGGUCAGGAAGAUUCUGUUCAUUUUAUUGUGCUGCAAUUCAAGAUUGUAGAAUGGAAUGAACAACAGUACUCUUCAGUCUCCUUCAUGGCUUCAGUUCAGCUGCUAUAUUUGUUUUGUAAAGCUAAGAUGCACUUAAGCAAUAGUCAAAUAUGGCUUACAAAUGACUUGUAUCUGCCGUCAGCCUGCUUGCUUGAUGAUAUCAGGCAGAACACUUGACCAUGAUGAUCUCCAGCAAAAUAUCAUGAUGAAUAUCUGUAUCAGCUUUACAUGGCUUAUGAAUUUUUGUAACAUGAUUGUAAUGGAAUUAUGGAUUUCUAUUACUUACCUACAAUUUUAAAUCCAGUCUUGUAUCUAAACUAGAUUUUUUUUUUAAUGAAAGGAUGAUUUUUAAUUAAUUUUGAAAGCUUAUUUUAUUUAGAAUGCCAAAGUCAAAAGUUGAAGUCAUGAAGUUUGGCUAUACUUUUCCAGCAACUUUGCUUCAGCACCUAAGGAUAACUGGCUGGCCCCAAUGGAAUGAUAAUGAUUUU